GGUUGUUGCCGGGCCCUAUAUCCGGUGUCCGCCCGCCCUCGGCUCCGCAGCCGCGAUGCUGUCCCGGUCUCGCUGUGUGUCCCGGGCAUUUAGCCGCUCGCUCUCCGCCUUCCAGAAGGGGAACUGCCCUCUAGGGAGACGUUCCCUGCCCGGGGUCUCCUUAUGCCAGGGACCAGGUUACCCUAACAGCAGGAAGGUUGUCAUUAACAACAGUAGUGUCUUCAGUGUUCGCUUCUUCAGAACUACGGCUGUGUGCAAGGAUGAUUUGGUUACAGUCAAAACCCCAGCAUUUGCAGAAUCUGUUACGGAGGGAGAUGUCAGGUGGGAGAAAGCUGUUGGAGACACAGUUGCAGAAGAUGAAGUGGUUUGUGAGAUUGAAACUGACAAGACAUCUGUGCAGGUUCCAUCACCAGCAAAUGGCGUGAUUGAAGCUCUUUUGGUACCUGAUGGGGGAAAAGUCGAAGGAGGCACUCCGCUUUUCACACUCAGGAAAACUGGUGCUGCUCCUGCUAAGGCCAAGCCAGCCGAAGCCCCUGCUGCUGCAGCCCCAAAAGCAGAGCCUACAGCGGCAGCAGUUCCUCCUCCCCCUGCAGUAUCCUUACCCACUCAGAUGCCACCAGUGCCCUCGCCCUCACAACCUCUUUCUAGCAAACCUGUGUCUGCAGUAAAACCCACUGCUGCCCCUCCACUAGCUGAGCCAGGAGCUGGCAAAGGUGGUCUGCGUUCGGAACAUCGGGAGAAAAUGAACAGGAUGCGGCAGCGCAUUGCUCAGCGUCUGAAGGAGGCCCAGAAUACAUGCGCAAUGCUGACAACUUUUAAUGAGAUUGACAUGAGUAACAUCCAGGAGAUGAGAGCUCGGCACAAAGAGGCUUUUUUGAAGAAACAUAACCUCAAACUAGGCUUCAUGUCGGCAUUUGUGAAGGCCUCAGCCUUUGCCUUGCAGGAACAGCCUGUUGUAAAUGCAGUGAUUGAUGAUACAACCAAAGAGGUGGUGUACAGGGAUUAUAUUGACAUCAGUGUUGCAGUGGCCACCCCACGGGGUCUAGUGGUUCCAGUCAUCAGGAAUGUGGAAGCUAUGAAUUACGCAGAUAUUGAACGGACCAUCACUGAACUGGGAGAGAAGGCCCGAAAGAAUGAACUUGCCAUUGAAGAUAUGGAUGGUGGUACCUUCACCAUUAGCAAUGGAGGAGUUUUUGGCUCCCUCUUUGGAACACCCAUAAUCAACCCCCCUCAGUCUGCCAUCCUGGGCAUGCAUGCCAUCUUUGACAGGCCUGUGGCUAUAGGAGGCAAGGUGGAGGUGCGGCCCAUGAUGUAUGUGGCACUGACCUACGAUCACCGGCUGAUUGAUGGAAGAGAGGCUGUGACUUUCCUCCGCAAAAUCAAGGCAGCAGUAGAGGAUCCCAGAGUCCUCCUCUUGGAUCUUUAGGAGGAAGCCACACACCCUACAAAUCAUGCAGGAACUGAAAAUCAGUCUUACCCCUGCCCCGUCAUGGGUCCCAGGUUAGCCUGGUGACAGGCAGGCACAUGCUGUUGGCCUCAAGCAAGGAAGCAGAGCACUAUGUAACCAGCAGUCACAGGUCUUUUCUUGGUGUUCCUGCCAGGCUCUCUCCCUCUCUGCACCUGUCUCACACCCUUGAAUAUCUUAAUUCCUUAGGCUUGAGAGAGAGAGCCUUAAUGGAUGCUCAUUAAUAUUCCUGCCUUUCUUCCAUCAGCCCUCUGCAAAGAUGAUUUUCCUUCUUCCUAGUGCCAGUAUACUAUAGAGAAACCCCUGGGGACCACAUGAUUAAGUUCCUGUCUUCAGAAAGUCUGUUCUGCAGAGACGACUAGGAGGAUGCUGUUGCCUCUCAAGCUCAGAGCAGCCUCUGUCCUGGCUGUGCACAUUCUCACUUGAUUCCACCUGUGUGGAGGGAUUGAACACAGGCAGAGAGGUGCUGCUUUGUUUCUUAAAUGGCACCUUCAUUCUCUGUUGUCAUUGACUUCAAGAUGCCUCUUCUACCUCUUCCAGGAAGCACAGGCCAGGGGAUCUCGGUGGGUGAGUGGGAGAAGAGGGCAGAGGUCCCCUGAGGUCACAUGUAAUCCUCAUGGAAGGAGAGCCCAGACUUGCCCUCAUGCUCUCCAUCAUAGGCUCACACCAAGAUCUGUCUUGGCACAGUCUCUCACAGCUGGGGUUGUGGCAACCCUUUCUAAACCCUUUCCUGGUUGGUGGGCCUUAUUCCAGCAGCUUGUUCUUAUUUAGAGCAGAUUCUACCACAUCAUGGCAGUGGAACCAAGCAUGGUCCCGAGGAAGGGCCAGAGCCUGGUAGAGACUAGGGAAGGGAGGUCUCCUUUAGACUGCCUCAAAUUGACUUGAGCUUUUCAAUUAAGUUGGUGUUAAGCACGUGGGCUGAGGAGGCAGUUCUUGUUCCUUCCUGCGUUAUAGCGGGGUCUUGUCUCUUCCUCUGCAGGACACAGAUCUGAAGGACAAUGGACUAUGGUAGGAAGCCACCCUGAGGGUGUUAGUGCAUUGUGGUGAAAUGGUUGAGGUCAUUUCUAAGGUGUGCUACCCUUGGAUCUGGGCACAAUCAUUGGAUUUCCUUGGAGUAUGGUUAAAUGCAAGUAUCUUGUGAAAGCUACUGGGAUUCAUGGCUUUGUAUCUAACUGCAUCCAGGCCUGAGGCUGCUGACAUUUGACACUGGGGCCAUUAGAAAGUGCCCUUUUAUAUUUUGAGCCAAGAAGUGAGGUCUGGGGUGGGGGUGGGGGGAAGGGGUGGGAGCCAAUACUGAGUGCCUGCAGCAUCUACUACUCUGUCUUCACUAUUCAGAACUUGUAACUGAAGUAUUUAAAGAAAGAUUUUAAAUGCAAAUUAAAGGGCAGAUGUUCUCAAACAGGGUUCCUGCAUCUGUGCUCCUUCUGGCUGUGGAGGUUCAGGUCCGCAGCACUGUUACACUGGCACUAUUAGUAUUGAAAGCCACUUAAGGUUCUGUUGCUUAUCUCGUGAAAUCCCACAUGUGGAAGUUAACACUAUCCUAAUUUGACAGAAGGUACAACCCUGGCUCUUAGCCAGGUAAGUGUUGACACAAAGAGUCAACCUCUUUAAAAUAUUUGAAGAGAUUCUGAGCCAAAUGUGAGUGAGCAGUGGCCUGUGACACAACUUUUAGGAGAUCUGAGAACGUGUGCCCAAGGUGGUUUGUUUGGCUACAACUUAGUUUUAUGCGUUUUAGCGAAACGUGAGACACCAGUCAAUACAUGUAAGAUACAUAGUGCUUUGGUCUGGAGAGGCAAGACAACUCAAGGCCCAGGGGUGCUGUCAUAGGCAGAAUCAAAGAUUUUCUUAUUGGCAGUUGGUUGAAAAGUUAUUAAAGAUCUGGAAUUCA